AAAGUUGAACUCUCUUGGUUGUCUUUAAUUACUCUUGUCCUUUUUGGUCUCAAUGAGUUCACUUUCACAUCACUUCAACAAUGGUGGUGAAGGUUUCAGUAGAGACAUAAGUUUUUUCCCUUAUUCUCUUCUUUUGAGUUCACAAGCUUCUCCUUUGUCUAAGACUACAAGGUUCAUGAGUGAUGCUAAUGGGGUACAGGCUCCAAAGCCUGAGAUGGGUCUACAGAUUUUGAGCCCUCCAAUGUUCCAACCACAAGAGAGCAGGGGAACAAAGAGACCCAUCGAUGAAGGGGGUGGGUUCUUAGGGGUUGAGAACAAAAAUUUGUCUUUGAAACUUGGGGAUGAAGUUGAAGCUAAAAGCUCUGCUUCAGGGAAAAUUGGGUACACCAAACUUUGUGCUAGAGGUCACUGGAGGCCAGCUGAAGAUGAAAAACUUAAGGAGCUUGUUGCUCAAUAUGGUCCUCAAAAUUGGAACUUGAUUGCGGAGAAUCUCGACGGAAGAUCAGGGAAAAGUUGCAGAUUGAGGUGGUUUAAUCAGCUAGAUCCUAGGAUCAACAGAAGGGCUUUUUCUGAGGAGGAAGAGGAGAGGCUUUUGGCUGCGCAUAAAAUGUACGGUAACAAAUGGGCUAUGAUUGCAAGACUCUUCCCUGGAAGGACAGAUAAUGCAGUGAAGAACCAUUGGCAUGUGAUCAUGGCGAGAAGGCACAGAGAACAAUCUAGCAUGUAUAGAAGGAGAAAGGCCAGCGUUAGUGAAACCAUUCCGAAAGGUUUGAAAUUGACUCUCUCAUCGAACAAUGCUGCCAGUGAGUCAACCAUCUCAAGCACCAUUGACGAAUCUGCCUCAACUUGCACUAACCUCUCCCUCACUCCCUCUUCAGCCAAACUAACUCCUAUUGGACCUUUUGAUAAACCAGGUCCACUUCUGAAUCACCAAGGCCUUGGAUCACUAAGGGGUCAAUCUAAAGAAAGUGGGGUGGCAACGAGGGAUGUGAACUAUGACAAGUUUUUUGGUGCAUGGAAGAGCACAUGUAAGGCUGAAACUGUGGGAAAGCUGAAGGGGGUGGUGGUGGACCAGUCCAAUUUUUCAGAUUCAAACUCAGAAGUAUCAGUAUCUGAGUCAGUUGCCACCAAUAGGUCCAAUCUCUCAAUUUCUGGGGAAAGUGAAAAUGUGGGUGAUAAUAAGCUUAACAUGCCAUUCAUUGAUUUUCUUGGAGUAGGAGCUACCUAG